AUGCCUUCUGCCUGGUCCGUGUUCAUGUCUUCAGGGAUCGUGGUGUUACUAGCAGCGACAGCAUCACAUUCAGACAACUGGAGUUUGUAUUUGCAUGGCAGUAAACUGUUCGAAGCGGCCAGUUUCUUGACCACCAUGGGUUUACAACUUUUAUCAACGCGAUCGCCAAUCGAACUCAUCCUCUGGCCUUUACUUUUAUAUAUCACAUUUAAAAUGUAUAAACUUUUUUUCACUCCUUUAUUUUGGAUCCGAAAUAUGGAGGACUUGGGAUAUGUCGUAGAACCAGGAAGAAACAAACGAGAUGUUGCUAACGAGGUUCGCAAACGACGCGCCCGGGGUGACCUACCUCCCGUCUAUCCCAAUGGAUGGUUUCGCGUGCUCGAAUCGUGGCAAUUGAAAAUAGGAGAAAAGAAAGACCUUACUAUUAUGGGUGAACAUAUUGCGGUAUUUCGAGGCGAGAGUGGAGAAGUAUUUAUUGUGGAUGCAUACUGCCCUCAUAUGGGUGCCAACGUAGCUAUUGGUGGACGAGUACUCGGAGAUUGUAUCGAAUGUCCAUUUCAUGGAUGGGUGUUUCGUGGUGAAGACGGCAAGUGUGUUGAUAUUCCAUACACAGAAAAAGUACCAGAUUUUGCUAAAAUAAGAUCAUGGUCAAGUUUAGAAAGAAAUGGUAUGAUACUGAUGUGGUACGAUGCAGAGGGACGACAACCACAUUGGACUCCACCAAUUGUGGAUGAAGUAGAAGACGGGAGUUGGACAUUCCGUGGGUUCGCACAACAUCAUAUCAAUGCGCAUAUUGAGGAAAUUCCUGAGAAUGGUGGUGAUGUGUCACAUUUACAUUAUUUACAUGGUCCGUUUAUGAUUCUGGGAGUUCAUUGGUCACACAUUUGGGAUGCGUCAUGGCAUCAGGAUAAAGAUAACGCACAUAUUGGAGUGUUAAAUCUAACACAUAGAAUGACCUUAUUAGGGAUUCCUAUUACACCAGUGGAGGUGUCAGUACAAGCAAGACAGGUGGGACCUGGACUUGUUUUCUUACAUUUCAAGAGUUGGAUUGGAGAUUGUAUGCUUACUCAGCACGUUACCCCAGUUGAACCAUUGCUACUUAAAGUCACUCAUACUAUCUAUGGUAGCUGGACUGUUCCCACAUUUAUCGCUAAAUUCUUUCUUUUUGGAGAACUAGUACAGUUUGAGCGUGAUGUUAUGGUAUGGAACAAUAAACGCUGGUUAAGCAAACCUUUACUUGUGAAAGAAGACCAAUUGGUAGCCAAGCAUAGAAGAUGGUAUUCUCAGUUUUACUCUGAGAACUCACCACGAUUCACUUUUAAUAGAACCAGUUUAGACUGGUAAAAAAUAAUUAAUGAUGGUCAAAAUACAAAUAUUUUCGCAAAGAACACGUUUAUUUGAAGAUUACAUUAAUGAAAAAAAUCAAUGAGACCCUGAAUAUGACAUGUGACAAUCCACAUAUAAUAUUUAAUAUUUUUUAUUUAUUUACCCAAUAAUGAAACACUGAAAAAACAAACAAAAAACAAAAGUAAGCUAUACAGAAAAACAAAUGGUAAGAAAAAUACAUAUAUAUAUUGGGUAAAAAGGAAAUCAGAAAAUAGCUUACUGCUAGUCUAGUCUGAUUUCCUAUAUACAUUGGAAGUAAAUUAUAAUGUACAUAGU